AUGCACUUCCUCCUCUUAGGCGCAACAGGCCGAACCGGCAAAUACGUCGUCUCCGAACUUCUUUCUCAACAUCACACCGCCGUAGCACUUGUACGCGACUCCAGCAAAGUUGCUUCUCGGCCUGGCCUCACUGUCGUGGCCGGCUCGCCGCUCUCGAAAGACGAUAUCCGCCGUGCUCUUACAGCUGCUCCAGGCUUGGCAAUAUCCGCAACAAUCAUGACUCUCAACACGGUCCGCAAAUCAGACAGUCCCUUCGCAGCUCAGGUUUCGCCGCCUCGCUUUCUGGCAGACUCGUGCGCCAAUGCAUGUGAGGUGUUGAAAGAAGCUGGUAUCAAGCGCAUCGUCGUCAUGUCUACGGCAGGGGUAGGUAACUCGUGGGGGAAGCUUCCUUGGGUGAGCAGAGCUUUUAUGGGAUGGACGAACAUUAAAUAUGCUCUGGAGGAUCAUAAUUUGUUGGAUAAAGAGAUUCGGGCAACUGAUAUGGAUUGGACUCUCGUGAGAGCUGUGAGAUUGGAGUUUGGGAAGGAGACGGACAAGGAGGUUGAGACAUUGGGAAGUGCUGGUGAAGGAAUGGGGAUGUCUGAUAGUGUCAGGCCAAAUAGCGUGGCGAGAUUCUUGGUCAAGGUUGCGGUUGAGGGGUCAUUCGUUAAGGAGGCUGUUGUUGUCCGGAACUAA